AUGGAUGACAGAGAAUUCAUUCUGUAUCCAGCGAGUGAUAAUCUAAAAACAGCCAGUAUUGGCAUUACGGCUUCACUACUUCAACAGAAUCUAAAGACAGCUAGUAUUGGCAUUACGGCUCCACUACUUCAACAGAAUCUAAAAACAGCCAGUAUUGGCAUUACGGCUCCACUACUUCAACAGAAUCUAAAGACAGCUAGUAUUGGCAUUACGGCUCCACUACUUCAACAGAAUCUAAAAACAGCCAGUAUUGGCAUUACGGCUUCACUACUUCAACAGAAUCUAAAGACAGCUAGUAUUGGCAUUACGGCUCCACUACUUCAACAGAAUCUAAAGACAGCUAGUAUUGGCAUUACGGCUCCACUACUUCAACAGAAUCUAAAGACAGCCACCAGUAUUGGCAUUACGGCUUCACUACUUCAACAGAAUCUAAAGACAGCUAGUAUUGGCAUUACGGCUCCACUACUUCAACAGAAUCUAAAGACAGCAAGUAUUGGCAUUACGGCUCCACUACUUCAACAGAAUCUAAAGACAGCUAGUAUUGGCAUUACGGCUCCACUACUUCAACAGAAUCUAAAGACAGCAAGUAUUGGCAUUACGGGUCUAAAGACAGCUAGUAUUGGCAUUACGGCUCCACUACUUCAACAGAAUCUAAAGACAGCUAGUAUUGGCAUUACGGCUCCACUACUUCAACAGAAUCUAAAGACAGCUAGUAUUGGCAUUACGGCUCCACUACUUCAACAGAAUCUAAAGACAGCCAGUAUUGGCAUUACGGCUCCACUACUUCAACAGAAUCUAAAGACAGCUAGUAUUGGCAUUACGGCUCCACUACUUCAGCAGAAUCUAAAGACAGCCAGUAUUGGCAUUACGGCUACACUACUUCUACAGAAUCUAAAGACAGCCACUAUUAGCAUAAGACAGCCAGUAUUGGCAUAA